AUGCUCGGUCUGCGCACGGCAUGCUCGUCCCGCUCCCGCGCUGCUGUGGGACUCUUGGCCCACCGCACACCCCUCGCAUGCUCAAGCCUGCGACAAUACUCCACACUGCCAAAAGAGCCCUUCAAGAUCCUCUUCUGCGGUUCUGAUGAGUUCAGCGUCGCUAUCCUCAAAGAGCUGCUGCUUGCCGAGGAUACUUGGCAGACCAUCAGUGUCCUCACCCCUCCCGAGCGGCAGGUCGGACGCGGUGGCAAGCAGCUCUACGUCCCCCCACUCAAAGCCUUUGCCCAUGACGCGGCACUCACCACCCACACGGUUCCUACCACCGGCCUGAAGGGAGAAGACUACACUUGGCCUCGCCCCUUCUUGACACCGCACGGCGCCCACCUGCUCGUCACUGCCUCAUUUGGCCACAUCAUUCCCUCACGACUUCUGGACCCCUUCACUCACACGCUCAACGUCCACCCUUCCGUCUUGCCACGGUACCGCGGCGCCGCACCGGUGCAGUGGGCUAUCGCGAACCGUGACCCGACGACGGGUGUGUCGGUCCAGACCGUCGGCAAGCGCGAGGUCGGCGUUGACUCGGGCCAUAUCCUUGGUGCCGUCGAGGACGUUCCCAUCCCGGACCAUGCGACGUACGGUACGCUCUUACCCGAGCUCUCCGAGCUGGGUGGCAAGCUCCUCGUCCAAGUCCUCCGCAGGAUGAUUGCAGACGAGGUGGUCCCGCGCCCGCAGGACAGUGCCGCGGCUACACGCGCACCCAAGAUCACAUCAGACAUGUCGCGCGUGGACUGGACCCUUCCUGCUGCCAGCAUUGAAGCGCGUAACCGCGCGUGGGGCGAGCACACACGCCUGUGGUCGCAGGUAGACACGCCCACAAGGGGGAGCAUCACCUUCCAGCUCGGCGACCUGGGACUUGCUUCGACCGACACGUUGCCCGGCUGGAUGGCCAAGUUCCCUGACCCAGAGCCGGCGACGGCCUUUUUGGACAAGCGCAACAAGCGCAUCUUGGUGGCAACCGGUGAUGGGUUUGUACAGGUCAAGAGCGUGAUUCCCGCGGCCAAGACGAGGAUGGAGGUCACCAACUGGUUCCUCGCCCUGGACAAGGAUGCGGCUGCGAAAGGAUGGACCAAGUUUGUCUAG